UGAGGAGAUCAGGGGUGUGGCGCAUCUCUGAAGGGACAUGAGAGAAGACACAGGGAGACUCUUCAUACCAAGAUCAGGAGAGAGAGAGAUUAAGAGACUACACUGACCUACCUGACACACACACACACAUAUGGAUUUCUCUAAUCAGGUUUCUGUGGAGCGGGGUAUCGGUCCUCGGGGCUCCCUCUCUGAGCUGUGUUUGGUUUUGGUUGGCAGCAUCGGCUGUGGAAAGACCCUGACAACAGACACCCUGCUGGGUCAGAGUUCGGGUCUGGAACCCCUGGCCUCUACACGUGUGAGUCAGAUACGGCGAGGACUGUCAGAGGGCCGGAGGCUGAGCAUUGCGGAAACCCCUCGCUGGUACUGGCGGGGCAAGGAGUUGGAGGCUGACAUCCAGGAGGAGACCCGGCGGUCCCUCAGCUUGAGUGCAUCCGGACCCUUCAUCUUCCUCUUUCUCAUUCCCAUCGGGGAGUUUACAGAGAUGGAGCGGCGCAUCCCAGAUCAGCUGGAGCGCAUGUUUGGGCAGUCGGUGCUGGGUCACACACUAGUGCUGCUCACUUGUGGAGAUUACCUGAUGAGCCGCAGUCUAGAUGACUACCUCAGGAAGGAGGAGGGGCUGCAGGAGGUGGUGAGGAGGUGUCAUGGCCGCUGCCAUGUGAUCAAUAACCGCAGACCAGACGACAGGCAGCAGGUCAUCACUCUACUGGAGAAGGUGGAGCAGAUGAUACAGAGGAACGGAGGAUUUCACCUGCUCAGAGAUGAGGAGACACGUGGGAAAGACGUCAGAGAGGACAAGGAGGAGUUGAAAACAGAGAUGAAGCUCAGUGCAGCAAGAGACACAAUGUGGAAUGGAGGCAUCAGAGGAAAACAAACACAAAUCAACACAUUUGACAAACACACAGAGGAAACAGUAAGUGGUGGAAUGAUUGAGAGACACCUGAUCAAUGGACUUCAGUCACAGCAGCGGGAGUAUGAGGAAACACACAACCAACACACACUGCUGGAGAGAAGCCCAAGCUUCAAACUCACUAAAGAGGGAGCCAUUCUCAGUCAGAUGAUAGAGGUGCCAGAAGUCCAAUACAGCCAGAGCUUCACCAACACAAUCCAUCACAGUUUUAAGAAGGUUUCGGAUGACUUAGAAACUCUCUCUUCUGUAUCACCAUCAUCCUCAUAUUCCUCCUCUGAUCUUCUGAACGAUUCUUCUAUACCUGAGCUGAGAAUGGUUCUGCUGGGUCGCCGUGGUUCUGGAAAGAGUGCGGCCGGGAACAUCAUUCUGGGUCGUGAGGAGUUUGAGCUGCAUGGAGAGGAUGUCAGAGCGGCAGCUCAUCAGUGUGUGAAGGCCAGAGCGCUCGUGGAGGACACACGGGUAUCUGUGGUUGAUACACCGGACUGGUUUCAGUCAGAAAGAUCUCUUGAGGAGGUGAAAGCUCAGAUUUCCUCAUGUGUGGCCCUGUCGGCUCCGGGCCCUCACGUGUUCCUGUUCUGUGUCCCUGUCGACCGGCCCACUCACUCCGAGAUGCUGGCCCUGAGAGCGCUGGAGGGUGCAUUCGGACUUGACGCCGUCCGCCGGCACACGAUCGUCCUCUUCACACGCUCAGAGCUGCUGCCGGAGGGAGCGGCAGGCGUGGAGGAGGUGGAGGCGUACAUCAGUUCCCGACGGCCUGAGAUGCUGGAGCUGGUGCAGAGAUGCGGCGACCGCUAUCACGUCCUACAGUCAAAGUCACGUCAAAGCAGCGGUGUGAAGGAGCUGCUGGAUAAGGUGCAGCAGACUGUGAAGGAAGGUGGAGGAAGUUUCUACAGCUGCUCACUCUACCAGCAGAAUCAGGAGGAGGUCAAGACCAUCAGAAGAGACAGACAGAACUCGUCUCGUACUCUGGACGCUUUGAGAGAGACAGAGGAAGAGGAGGAAGUGAUUUCCACAGUGGAGAAGAGCAACUGCCUGGUCUCGGCUGCGCCGGCUCCGUCACUGCUCCAUUCCAUGUGGGAGAGGACGAGCUCGGGUGCGAGACGGGUGCCGAAGCUGCUGGCCGUGGGGGCUCUGGCUGGAGCGGCGCUGGGCGUGUUCCUCGCAGGAGCUGUAGGGGGCGCUGUAGGGGCAGCGGUGGGCUCUGUGGUCACUGAGGUCGGAAGACGGAGAUUCAUUAAACAGAAAACAGAGUGAUUCCAGAAAUAGACGGACAGUUUGAUAUGCUCUGUGAACUGUAAAAUCUUUCCCACGUUUGUGGUUUCUUUUAUCAUGUCAGCUAAAUCUGUACAAACUCAAUAUAUGUGCUGCAUAUUCAUCUUUUAGGUUUUGAGUUUAAAUGUUUUCAGCUGAUUCUUCACCAGCAGCUUCAUGAACACAAGAACAUGUUCACUGCAUUUCUUGCUUUUCUGUAACCAUAAAUUUGUGCACCAAAAAUAACAUUUUUUGUUUCUUGAGAAGAAAAAAGCGACACUGUAAUUUAUCACUAGAUGUGUUCCAUCCUGACAAUGCAAUAAUAUUUAUAUUGUAAUAAAACUGUUAAUGUGAA